UUCCGCGUCCCCGCCGCCGGGAGGAGGUGCCCGCACGCUCGCGGCGCGCGCUGGCCCCGGACUCGGCCUGUGGGCGAUUUCCUCCGGACCCAGGCUCCGCGCCCGAGGAGGAAGAUGCAGACCUUUCUCAAAGGGAAGAGAGUUGGCUACUGGCUGAGCGAGAAGAAAAUCAAGAAGCUCAAUUUCCAGGCCUUCGCCGAGCUGUGCAGGAAGCGGGGGAUAGAGGUGGUGCAGCUGAACCUCAGCCGGCCGAUCGAGGAGCAGGGCCCCCUGGACGUCAUCAUCCACAAGCUGACUGAUGUCAUCCUUGAAGCUGACCAGAAUGACAGCCAGUCCCUGGAGCUGGUGCACAGGUUCCAGGAAUACAUUGAUGCCCAUCCUGAGACCAUUGUCCUGGACCCCCUCCCUGCCAUCAGGACCCUGCUUGACCGCUCCAAGUCCUAUGAACUUAUCCGCAAGAUUGAGGCCUACAUGAAAGAUGACAGGAUCUGCUCGCCGCCCUUCAUGGAGCUCACCAGCCUGUGCGGGGACGACACCGUGAGGCUCCUGGAGAAGAACGGCCUGGCCUUCCCCUUCAUCUGCAAGACCAGAGUGGCUCAUGGCACCAAUUCUCAUGAGAUGGCCAUCGUGUUCAACCAGGAGGGCCUGAGUGCCAUCCAGCCACCCUGUGUGGUCCAGAACUUCAUCAACCACAACGCCGUGCUCUACAAGGUGUUCGUGGUGGGCGAGUCCUACACGGUGGUCCAGAGACCCUCGCUCAAGAACUUCUCUGCGGGCACAUCAGACCGAGAGUCCAUCUUCUUCAACAGCCACAAUGUGUCGAAGCCGGAGUCCUCAUCUGUUCUCACGGAGCUGGACAAGAUCGAAGGUGUGUUCGAGCGGCCGAGCGACGAGGUCAUCCGGGAGCUGUCCCGGGCCCUGCGGCAGGCGCUGGGUGUGUCACUGUUUGGGAUUGACAUCAUCAUCAACAACCAGACGGGGCAGCACGCAGUCAUCGACAUCAACGCUUUCCCAGGCUACGAGGGCGUGAGCGAGUUCUUCUCAGACCUCCUGAACCACAUCGCCACCGUCCUGCAGGGCCAGAGCACGGGUGCAGCCGCCGCGGGGGACGCGGCCCCGCUGAGACACAGCAGGCUCCUGGCCGAGCAGGCGGGCAGCCUGGCAGGCGAGUGGACGUGCAGCGCCAGCCCGGGCUGCUGCGUGCUGGGCCAGGACGCGCCCUGGAAGACCGAGGCCGAGGCGGGCGCGGGCAGCGCUGCCAAGCUGCCGCACCAGAGACUGGGCUGCACCGCGGGCGUGUCCCCCAGCUUCCAGCAGCACUGCGUGGCCUCCCUGACCACCAAGGCCUCCUCGCAGUAGCCACAGAGCCAGGACCCAGAGGGUGGCGGAGCACGCCACUGGGCAUCGGCCCCCAACGGACGCUACUCAGAAUUCCCGAUGAUCUGAUGCUUUUUUUAAUUUUUAACCUGAUUUUCUGAUGUCAUGGUCUAAAUGAGGGGGGAGAUGGAAGGGAACAGCCUCGGGGAUGGGGACCCCGCUUCCCGCCUGCGGAUCUCGUCGGAGUUGACACGGCUGAGUUUCAACACUAGGUCUGAAUGUGGGGGUGUGUGCGUGCGUGGGUGGUGCUAGGAGCGUGUGCACAUCCGUCUGUCUGUCCCCACGGCUGCUGUGGACCAGGCUCUGGGACCCUGGAGGGAGGCCCGCUCCUGGGCUGUGGCCCAGCAGAGCGCCGAGAAUGGUUCUCCUCCUUCCAAGUCCACCCACGCCCCUGACCCGACCCUCCCUGUCCACCUUGGCCCUUCCAAGCCGACCCCCUCAGGGCUGCUGCUGGCCCCUCCCCAAAGCCAAAGGACGACAGGCCCUGGCGGGGAGCUGUGUGCGGCCCCGACCCCUGCCCACGGGAGAAGAGGAAGUUUCCAGUGGGCUAAGGCCCAUGUCCUUGGUCGCUGCCACUCCUCACUGCUCCCUGGGGGCCACCAGGUCCCUCCCAGGGUCCCACCUAGCACUGCUGUUCCCUGGACCCAGGGGGGCUGCUGGCUUGCCCAGGACCACUCCCUCAGUCUCCUCCUAGAUCCCUUCUCUCCAGAGGGCAGUCAGGUCCAGGGCAGGGCAGGUCAGCUGGUGCUCGGUGUCCUGCCCCCUUGGCGCCUGCUGCUCCCCCAGCACCCCAGAGGACGGGCAGGAGCCUCUGCUGGGAAUCCUGGCCAGCGGGGUCCCUCUUCCUGGGCAGGAGGAGGCUGCCCUGCGGUUCACUCCUGCACACAGUGGGCACUAAGCCAGCCUGCAAGACAGCCACACCGCCCCAGACCCUCUCGCCACAGCAGCAGGCCACCACUGGCUGACCCAGUCCGCAGGAGGGGCCGCCGAGGGUGCAGCCCAGUGAGGGGCCUGGGCCCGGCAUGAUCUCGUGUCAUGAAGUGCAGUUCACUUGGGAAGAGAAGGGCCACUGAGCUGUCCCGCAUGGUCCAGUGGGACGGAGGACACUGGAGGGAGCGCCAAGGGCCCUGGAGAGCCGCUGAGCCCGGCACUCAGGGCGGGGACCCUCCUUUGGGCAGCUGCCAGGACCUGAGCCAUGGAGCUGCCUGGCCUCCUCAGAAUGGCCCAGGACUGGCCACGUUUACAGGAUCUGAGCGUUGACCCUGGUGGAUGUCUGCUCGUCACCUGUCCUGGGCCUGACCCCGAGCCCGGGACACGGGACGCAUGGCAGCCUCUUGCACUGCUUUGUCUUCAAAAUAAACUACUGAGAUCAACCUGCAUUUCCCACA